CUUCAGGUUAAUUAUGAUAAACAUCUUGGUAAUCUCAUUAUCCAUAUACUUCAAGCAAGGAAUCUCGUUCCCAGAGAUAACAAUGGUUAUUCAGACCCAUUUGUGAAAGUAUAUCUCCUUCCAGGAAGAGGUGCUGAAUAUAAAAGAAGAACAAAAUAUGUACAGAAAAGUUUAAACCCAGAAUGGAAUCAGACAGUGAUUUACAAAAACAUCUCCAUUGAGCAGCUAAAGAAGAAAACUUUAGAAGUUACUGUGUGGGAUUAUGACAGGUUCUCCUCAAAUGAUUUUCUUGGUGAGGUGUUGAUAGAUUUAUCAAAUGCUGCCUUUCUCGACAAUAUGCCACGAUGGUACCCAUUGAAGGAGCAAAGUGAAAGUAUUGACCACUCAAAACACUCUGGCCAAAGCAGUCAGCAGUCACCAAAGCCAUCCGUCAUUAAAAGCAGAAGUCAUGGAAUUUUUCCAGAUCCAUCUAAAGAUAUGCAGAUUCCCACUAUAGAGAAAUCUCAUAGCAGCCCUGGUAGUUCAAAGUCAUCCUCUGAGGGACACCUCCGUUCACAUGGACCAUCACGUAGCCAAAGUAAAGGCAGUGUCACUCAGACCCACCUUGAAGAUGCUGGAGCAGCCAUCGCUGCUGCCGAAGCAGCUGUCCAACAGCUUCGCCUUCAACCAACACAUAAAAGCGGUCAGUGUAAUUAUGCCAGGAAGCAGCAUAGACACAGCAUAGCAGGAGUACUCCCAAUUCAAAGAACUCAGUCUGACAAUCUGCCUUCACCAGCAAAUGACAGCAAAGACCAAAGCCAGCUUGCACUCAAGAAGGUGAUGUCCGAUGGGUCCGUCAAGGCUGAA